AUGAUUGCAAUCACAGUCAAGCAUGGUAGGCAGAGUUACCCUCUGACCUUUGAUCCAUCGAAGGGUGCUACUGCUCUUAAACGGAGUGUUUCAACGCAAACCAAGAUACCUGUUGAUAAAUUGACAGUUAUAUGUAAAGGAGGGGUCAAGGUAGACCACGACGCGGACGUCUUCAAGAUCAAUAGCAGCUCAAAGGUGACAGUUAUGGGCCAGGUCGAUGCUCAGUGGGCUAAGCUGAUGGAUAUCGCCCGACGACUUCGACUGUUUGAAGCGGACGUGAACAAAAUUGCGCCUCUAGUAGGUACAGAAGCAGCUACUCCCAAUAAAACGCUCGAGCUCGGCGAGACUCUCACAAAGCUUCUCCUGGAAAUGGAUGGCAUCGACCUUAGUGCUUGUGAAUUAGAGGACGAUGUUCUGAGGGGGAGAAGGAAAGAACUGGUAAACAGGAUACUCGGUUUAAUAAAGAUUUGCGAAGCAGAUUAG